UGUAUUUCCUUUGUUGAUAGACACAUAGAGGCAAAAUGUUAAAUUUUGUAUUUCUACUUCUGUUCCUCGCAUGUCAAAGUAGAUCAGGAGUGUCUGGCGAUCUCCCGUGGGAGCGAUGGGUCCUCUUGAAAAGUGAAGGAAACAGGAUUACAAUGCACCGGGGAUUACCAUCAUCCAGGAGCAGUGGGAAUAAUAUGUUGGCUUGGACGAGUUAUAAAAACACAUUGAUGAAAAAUGGCUGGAUUCAAAUUGAAGUAACUACGAAUGAAAAUGCAGACAACAAGUUACAAGCUUACGCUGCGGGGUAUAUGGAAGGUUACUUAACUAAGCAACACAUUGCAGAUAGAUGGACGAAUUAUUAUAAACCUGGUCACUUCUGCAGUCCAUCAUCAAGUACCUUGUAUUGUAACAAUCUCCGAUAUUAUCUUACAAGGAACACUCAACAUAUGUUAAAGAAAAUAAAAAGGAAUCCAAACUCUGCAUACUGGAAUCAGAUACACCUGCUGUUGGUUCAAGCACAAGGGUUAAUCGAUGGAUAUUAUAAACGAACUCACAUCAAUGCUAACAUCAGAUUCAAACCAUUUGGAUUAUAUUAUUUAAAUUUACUUGGUGACAUGGAAACUCUGCAGCCAAUUAUGAAGGGAACCCCCAUUAAAGUUGUAACUUCACCUGAUGAUGUCAAACCUGGAUCUUGCUCAGCUUUAGUGAAGUUGUUGCCUAACAACACAGAUGUUUUCAUGGGGCAUGCCACGUGGACAAAUUAUCGCUCAAUGUUACGAAUGAUGAAACGUUACAACUUGAACUUCAAAGACAAAUCAGGUAACAAGAUUCCAGGUCACACGAUGGCUUUCCCCUCCCAACCUGGCCAACUUUAUUCUAAAAAUGAUUUUUAUACUUUGUCCUCAGGAUUGGUAACCAUGGAAACCAGCAUGUCGAAUUUCAAUAAAAAACUAUGGACCAUUGUCCGCGAACAAUACUGGAAUGUUCUGGAAUGGAUUCGAAAUGUUGUAGCCAAUAGAAUGGCUGGUGAUGGUGAAGAAUGGUGUGAAGUGUUCUCACGCCAUAACAGCGGAACGUACAACAACCAGUGGAUGAUAAUGGAUUACAACAAAUUCGAACCUGGUGUGCAGCCAACCAAAGACAGUGGUUUGCUUUAUUUGUUGGAACAAAUGCCCACACUGGUUACAUACAGAGACAUCACAGAACAUUUAGUGAAUCAAACAUAUUGGCCAAGUUAUAACCUGCCAUAUUUUAAAGAGACCAAUAAGCUAAGUCAACUGUACAGAAUUAGCAACAUAUAUAAAUCAUUCUCUUACCAUGGAGCCACACGGGCAAAAAUAUUUGCACGAAACCAAACUCGUGUGAAAGACAUUAAAACAAUGUUUAAAUUAAUGAGAUACAACAACUACAAGCAUGAUCCACUAUCUGCAUGUAAUUGCGAUCCACCAUACACUGCUGCAAAGGCAAUAGCUGCAAGAGGGGACCUUAACCCAGCGAAUGGAACGUAUUCUUUGAAGUCUUAUGGGUUGGCUGACUAUGUUGCUACAGAUGCAAAGGUUGUUGGAUACUCAAUGAUGAAAAACUUUGAGAUUCUGGCGGAGUGUGGACCUACUCAUGAUCAGCAACCACCUUUUGUUUGGAGCAAAUCUCCAUUUUCUCACGUCUCUCACAAAGGAAUGCCAGAUAAAUAUGAUUUUAAACCAACCCUUAUUAUAUGGGACAAAUUUUCCCCGUUAAAAAUGUUGGAUAAAAUUCAUAAAUCUGUAAACUUGUAGAUUGUCUUCAAUUUUUAUUUAAUUUAGACAAUUACCUGUGCUGUUUGAUGCCAAAGAGAGUGUUGCUAACUAAUAAAGGAAUUUUAACAGAA